AUGAAUGAAUUAAAAAAUGAGCCUGUGCCAAACGCUCCAGACGGGCAAGCAUUCAAAGAUAAAUAUCCGUUUGCAAAAAACAGGGCAUCAGCGCUUCUGCAACGCCGUUUAAGCAAAAACGUCAAGUUUUUCGAUUCCGGUGAUUACAAUAUGGCAAAAAACGUGCUUCCAUGUGGAAGAGAGGCCGCAGUUGGACAGACAAUUCCCACGCCAGAAAACGUUCCAACACUACGCAACAAAAUAUGCCCUUCUCGUGUUAGCACAGUGACGCAGAAUGCACAGCCAAUAAUGUGCCAGUGCAACAAUAAUGACUACUGA